AUUUAUAUUUCUGCUGCGAGAGAAGUCGGUCCAUUGAUUUCUCGCCAAAAAUAUCUCACACAUCCCCAAACACACUAUUUUGAUCCCUAAAUUCUCUCUCAAAUUUUCCCUCGAUCUUCGCCGAUCGGAGACCUCUGCACCAUGGCUAAUUCGGCUUCAGGAAUGGCAGUGCAUGAUGACUGCAAACUCAAGUUUAUGGAGUUGAAAACGAAGCGAACUCAUCGAUUCAUAGUAUUCAAGAUUGAGGAGAAGCAAAAACAGGUUAUUGUGGAAAAGCUCGGUGAACCAGCAGAAACGUAUGAGGACUUCACCAAAUGCCUUCCUGCUGAUGAGUGCCGUUAUGCAGUUUAUGAUUUUGACUUUAUGACUGAAGAGAAUGUCCCAAAGAGCAGGAUUUUCUUCAUUGCGUGGUCCCCUGACACGUCAAGGGUGAGGAGCAAAAUGAUCUAUGCAAGCUCCAAAGAUAGGUUCAAAAGGGAAUUGGAUGGCAUUCAGGUGGAGCUGCAAGCAACUGAUCCAACUGAGAUGGGUCUUGAUGUCUUCAAAAGCCGCGCAAAUUAAAUUUCUCUAAGUCGCAUCAGAGUACACAAUAUUCUAUUUGCUCUAUUUGCAAGUAAUGUUUAUAGUUUGUGAAACAGUGGUACCUGGUUAAGCUAUUACAUUGGUCUUUUGUCGACGUUUAAUUCUGUGUUCCUGUCUUCAUCUAGAGCCAAUUCUGUCAUUUUGAUCUUAUUUUAUGAUUUUUUUAGUGUGGAAUUUCGGUUGUGCUGCAGCCUGGGGCUGGAUAUCUAUGUUGAAUUUGCUUCUAUAUUUUGGAAAUGCACUUUGGCUUUCUUAUUCUCUAUUUCAAGAAGUUGUGUUCUCACUU